AUGUCGUCAGACACACCCAGGCCCAGAAAGAGAGGCCAAGCUCAGAGCAGCGAAGUUGAAGGCAGCAGAGCCCCUUCUCUAGUUGAGAAGAUGAUGGCGACAAUCCAGCUAGAGGAACAGCUCAACCCCAAGCUGACCUUGAAACGGUUUCUCUGCGUUCGAUCUGUGGUUUCGACGUCUUCAUCCUAUGCAAAGAGACAGCAAGCCGCUUUAGGAACAAGAUCAGAGUUCCGCUCGAUUGGAGCAGGAACUUGUGGUAGAGUUUACGAAGUUCCUGGGACCGCCGAUGUGUUCAAGGUUGCCCACUUCCCAGGAAAGGAGACGGAUCAACUCUGGAACGAUUACAAGACUCACGUGAAAGUCUCCAAGCAAUUCGAAGACUUUGGACGAGGCAAUAUCAAGGUUCAAGUCCCCCGUCACAAGUACUUCGUUGGAAUGCAUGACGAGGUCUGGUGGCCUGAGAACUUGGACCGCUUUCCCAAUCUUUCGACGCCCUCGAAUCUACUAGCAACAGAAAGAAUCCUUCCUCUGACCAAGGUGAUUCGCGAAUCACUCAUCGACAUGUACUGUCCCUCUGAACAUCGCGCAUACUUCAAAGCCGAUGCAUCCAACAAGGACUGCCUGGUUCGGAUCUACUUGGGAAAGAGAAGGGUGCCAGUAUCGUCCAAGUGCAAGGGAUUUCAGCUACGCAACUUUCAGUUGCAUCUGGACCAGAUCGAAGAGUUGGAGCUGGACUCUGGAGGGUUUGCUACUUGCAUAGCUGAAGCUUUAGCCAUCAUGCACUGGGCCUGCCAGUUGGAUGCCAACGAUGUCGAAUUCGUCCUCGGAGCAGACCCUGACUACGUUGCUGAGCCUCACCUCAUUCAACAAGAGAACCUUUCUCCGAGCAUGAUAGCGAAUAUGAAGCCUAACACUUCAACCUGGGACGCCUCACUUAAGAACUUCCACAAGAAGACUACCCAUAUCUGGAUGCUAGACUUCAACCGUUGCGCCAUUUUUGCGCCUACCCAGGAAGGCUUGAAGCAACUGGUCCAUUCUUUCUUCAGAAACGACCCGUACUUUCCUAGGCCAUAUGCAGAGUUGAAGAGGGAUCAGGAGCUGUGGGAUAUCUUCAGCAGAACUUACCUGACAACUGCCCAGAAGUGUGUGAACAAGGGAAAACUCUCUGAGAAGUAUGUAAAUCUACCUUCUCUCUUCCUGAACAUGGUACAGGUGGAGCAGAAGAGAAGGUUGGACGCGCGAGAUGCAUGA